UCUCUCUCCAUUUGCACACAAGACACGCGGGUGAUUUGCUCACGCUUUGGGCUGAGAGACCGAGAGACCGAGAGAGAGGAGAGCCAGAUAUGGCGGCGUCUCGGCGGCAGCUGGGCGCCAUACUCCGCAAGAACUGGCUUCUGAAGGUCCGGCAUCCCGCGAGCACAUGCACAGAGGUUUUGCUGCCGACGAUUGUCAUGCUGUUGCUGAUCGCUGUGAGGUCUAGAGUUGAUACGACAAUUCAUCCUGUUGAAUCAUAUAUUCGGGAAGGCAUGUUUGUGGAAGUGGGGAAGAGUGAGAUCUCUCCGAGUUUUGAUAGUAUCCUUAGCUUGUUGUUUGCCAGUGAUGAGCAUUUAGCCUUUGCGCCUGAUACUAAGGAGACAAAGUUAAUGCUGGAUGUGCUAGCCUUGAGGUUUCCUCUUAUAAAGAUUGUUGGAAAAAUUUACAAAGAUGAGGUAGACCUUGAAACAUAUAUUCGUUCUGAUCUUUAUGGUAUCAACGAUCAAGCCAGGAACUUAUCAAACCCAAAGAUUAAAGGCGCUAUUGUUUUCCAUCAGCAAGGCCCCCUGAUAUUUGACUAUAGUAUUCGACUCAACCACACUUGGGCCUUUUCAGGGUUUCCUGAUGUUAAAGCAAUCAUGGAUGUCAAUGGACCAUAUCUUGAUGAUCUGGAGCUGGGCAUGAGUAUUAUUCCAACUCUACAAUAUGGAUUUAGUGGGUUUCUUACUCUGCAAAAGGUUAUGGAUUCACUCAUAAUACUUCUUUCACAGCAAAACGGAACUUAUUUUGUUGCCAAAAAUUUGGAAGUAAUUUCAUCAUUCGGAGAUUUCUCUCAUUCAAACAUUUCAUGGAGACAGUUCAUUCCAGAAAACAUCAGGAUUGCUCCUUUUCCAACUCGUGAGUACACUGAUGACGAAUUCCAAUCCAUUGUAAAGACUGUCAUGGGAGUUCUAUAUCUGUUGGGAUUUCUCUAUCCAAUCUCUCGUCUCAUAAGCUAUUUCGUUUUCGAAAAGGAAUACAAGAUUAAAGAAGGGCUCUACAUGAUGGGCCUAAAAGAUGAGAUAUUCUAUCUUUCUUGGUUUAUAACCUAUUUCGUACAGUUUGCAGUUUCUUCUGCAAUCAUUACGGCGACCACAAUGAGCAGUCUUUUUAUGUAUAGCGAUAAAUCGCUGGUCUUCUGCUACUUCCUUUUGUUUGGUUUAAGUGCAAUCAUGUUUUCUUUUUUGAUCUCUACAUUUUUCUCACGAGCUAAGACAGCUGUGGCGGUGGUACACUGUCGGUUAAACCUUUUUUCCGCCACCACGGUCAAUGAUCCUUCUGUACCAAUGUUAUGGAAGGUCUUGGCCUCCUUACUUUCACCAACGGCCUUUGCCCUUGGUACUGUUAAUUUUGCUGAUUAUGAGCGUGCUCAUGUUGGUGUCCGUUGGACAAAUAUGUGGGAGGACUCAUCUGGAGUCAACUUCUUGGCUUGCUUCCUGAUGAUGAUUCUGGAUACAGUUUUGUAUUGUGCCCUGGGGCUGUACUUUGAUAAGGUUCUUCCGAGGGAAUAUGGAGUGCGCUAUUCUUGGAACUUCUUAUUCAGUAAGCAUUUUUGGGGAAAAAAGAGUAGUCUUCAUUGUGCUGGAGGGAAUUUAGAAUGUAUAGCCAAUGGAAAAAUCAAUCCUCACAAACCAAAAUGUGCUGAUAAAAGUGCAUAUGAACCUGAUAUGGAGACAAUCAGUUUAGAAAUGAAGCAGCAAGAACUUGAUGGCCGCUGUCUGCAGGUCAGAAAUUUGCAUAAAGUUUACAUGACCAAGAAAGGAAAAUGCUGUGCAGUUAACGCCCUUCAACUCACUUUGUACGAGAAUCAGAUUCUUGCGCUUCUAGGACAUAAUGGUGCUGGUAAAAGUACAACUAUUUCAAUGUUGAUUGGUCUUCUUCCUCCAACAUCAGGGGAUGCUCUUUUCUUUGGCAAAAACAUCAGAACUGACAUGGAUGAGAUACGCAAGAUGUUGGGUGUGUGUCCGCAAAAUGAUAUUCUUUUUCCUGAGCUAACGGUAAAGGAGCAUAUGGAAAUAUUUGCCAUUUUGAAAGGUGUUAGUGAAGAUGAUUUGGACAGACAAGUGAUUGAAAUGGUUGAUGAAGUUGGUUUGGUAGACAAACUCAAUACAGUUGUCGGUGCCCUUUCUGGAGGAAUGAAAAGGAAGCUUUCUCUUGGAAUUGCUCUUAUUGGAAAUAGCAAGGUCAUCAUACUUGAUGAGCCAACUAGUGGUAUGGAUCCAUAUUCAAUGCGCUCAACAUGGCAAUUGAUAAAGAAAAUUAAGAAAGGGAGAAUUAUUUUAUUAACAACACAUUCUAUGGACGAAGCUGAUGUUCUUGGUGAUAGAAUAGCUAUAAUGGCUAAUGGUCAUUUGAGAUGUUGCGGAAGCUCUCUUUUCUUGAAACAUCGCUAUGGAGUUGGCUAUACACUUACAAUAGCGAAGACUUCUCCUACUGCCUCUUUGGCUGCUGAAAUUGUCCAUCGUCAUGUCCCAAAUGCUACACGUUUAUCAGAUGUUGGCACAGAAGUUUCUUUCAGACUUCCACUUACGUCAUCAUCUUCGUUCGAGAAUAUGUUUCGAGAAAUAGAAAGCUGCAUACGAAAGCCGGAUAAUAUCUCCAAUUGUAUCUCUGGUUACAAAGAUGAUAGUCAUGGAAUUGAGAGUUAUGGAAUCUCUGUUACAACAAUGGAGGAGGUGUUCUUGAGGGUGACAGGAGAAAGCCUUGAUGAUAAUGAAGAAACUAUAUAUCACUCAAAUCGUCCUGUUACUGAGAGUAUGAUUUCUGAAUCCUCUAACGACGGCCUUUCAAAAUCAUCAGCCUGGAAAUUCUGCUUUGGAGUUUAUGCUAAAUAUUUGGGCCGGAUGUGCUCAGCUAUUGGAAGAGCUUGCAGUUUAAUGCUUGCAACAUUUUGCAGUUCCAUUCUUUACAUUACAAGUAGGUUUUGUAGCUGUGGUAUUAUUGUGGGUACCACAUUUUGGAAACAUUCGAAAGCUCUUUUUAUUAAAAGAGCCAUAUCUGCUCGAAGAGAUCGAAGAACAAUUGUUUUUCAGCUUCUUGUUCCAGCUCUUUUUUUGCUGUUUGGCUUGCUUUUUCUAAAGCUCAAAUCUCAUCCUGAUCAGUACUCUGUAACUCUGACAACGUCAUAUUUCAAUCCUUUACUACGUGGUGGAGGUGGUGGCGGACCAAUGCCAUUCAAUUUAUCCCGCCCUAUUGUUGAAAAGGUUGCAUCUCAUGUGAAAGGUGGUUGGAUUCAGAAAGAGGAACCAAGGUCUUUCAAAUUUCCUGAUGCAGAAAAGACCCUGGCUGAUGCUAUUAAAGCGGCUGGGCCCAAUUUAGGCCCUGUCCUUCUUUCCAUGAGUGAAUAUCUUAUAACUAGUUUGAAUGAAUCUUAUCAAUCAAGGUAUGGUGCCGUUGUAAUGGAUGACCAGAAUGAGGAUGGAAGUUUAGGUUUUACAGUACUUCACAACAAUUCUUGUCAGCAUGCAGCACCAACUUAUAUCAACGUGGUCAAUUCUGCCAUUCUGAGGCUAGCAACAGAAAAUGAAAAUAUGACGAUUCAGACACGUAAUCACCCUCUGCCAUUGACCAUGUCACAACACUUGCAACGCCAUGAUCUUGAUGCAUUCUCUGCUGCAAUAAUUGUUAAUAUUGCGUUCUCUUUCAUCCCGGCAUCAUUUGCAGUGGCUAUUGUUAAGGAACGUGAGGUCAAAGCAAAACAUCAGCAGCUGAUUAGUGGGGUUUCUAUACUAUCAUAUUGGGCAUCAACAUAUCUAUGGGACUUCAUCAGCUUCUUGUUUCCAACAUCAUUUGCAAUAAUUCUAUUUUAUAUCUUCGAUCUAAAUCAAUUUAUUGGUAAGGAUAGUUUCAUGCCAACGAUUACCCUCUUUCUGGAAUAUGGAUCAGCAAUUGCUUCAUCAACGUACUGCCUUACUUUUUUCUUUUCUGACCAUUCAAUUGCACAGAAUGUGGUUUUGCUGGUGCACUUUCUCAGUGGACUCAUUCUGAUGGUCUUUUCUUUCCUUCUGGGGCUAAUUGAAUCAACUAAAAGGGCAAAUACAUUGUUAAAGAAUUUCUUUCGGCUUUUUCCUGGAUUUUGCUUUGCUGAUGGUCUUGCAUCACUAGCUCUCCGGCGGCAAGAAAUGAAAAGGGGUUCUGGGAGCGGCAGUCUUGACUGGAAUGUCACUGGUGCCUCGAUAGUUUAUUUAGCUAUGGAGAGUAUUGUCUUUUUUCUCCUCACACUUGCACUUGAGUUCUUACCUCAUCACAAAAUAUGCUUUGCUAAAUUCAAAGAGUGGUGGCACAAGAAUGGAUCUACCAAGCAUGAUAUAUCUCAGAGCUCAACCCAGCCUCUUCUUGGAUCAUUUGCUAAUGAAGCUUAUUCAAUGUCUGAUGAGGAUGUUGAUGUGAGAGUGGAAAGGCAAAGGAUACUUAGUGGUUCCGCUGAUAAUGCCGUAAUAAACUUGCAUAACCUGCGGAAGGUCUAUCCUAAUGGAAGAAAUCAUCUGGCCAAGGUUGCAGUUCAUUCAUUGACAUUCUCUGUUCAAGCAGGUGAAUGCUUUGGCUUCCUAGGAACAAAUGGAGCGGGCAAGACUACAACCUUGUCAAUGCUAACUGGGGAAGAGUAUCCAAGUGAUGGAACAGCCUAUAUUUUUGGGAAUGACAUACGUGCACAUCCAAAGACUGCCCGUCGUCAUAUUGGUUACUGCCCACAAUUUGAUGCUCUGUUAGAAUUUCUAACUGUUCGUGAGCAUCUGGAGCUUUAUGCAAGAAUCAAGGCUGUUCCCGAAUUCAGCAUAAAAGAUGUUGUUGAUGAGAAGCUGACAGAAUUUGACUUAAGAAAGCAUGCUGACAAACCAGCAUUUUCUUUAAGCGGGGGCAACAAGCGCAAAUUAUCUGUUGCAAUUGCUAUGAUUGGCGAUCCUCCUAUUGUGAUUCUUGAUGAGCCUUCUACAGGUAUGGAUCCCGUUGCCAAACGGUUUAUGUGGGAAGUUAUCUCUCGCUUAUCAACUAGACGAGGAAAGACAGCUGUGAUUUUGACUACACACAGUAUGAAUGAAGCUCAGGCCCUUUGCACGCGCAUUGGGAUAAUGGUUGGUGGCCAACUCAGAUGUAUUGGGAGUCCACAGCAUCUGAAAACUCGUUUUGGAAAUCAUCUUGAGCUCGAGGUUAAACCUACUGAGGUCAGCUCCAUUGAGUCAAAUAAUUUAUGUAAAAGAAUUCAAGAAAGUCUUUUCGAUGUACCCUGUCAUACGAGAAGCCUUCUUGGUGACCUUGAAAUUUGCAUUGGCGUAAGUGCUACUCUCCCAUCAGAUAAUGUGGCAGAAAUCAGUUUGACCAGGGAAAUGAUAGUCCUAAUGGCACGUUGGCUAGGCAAUGAAAAAAUUGUUCAGACACUUGUAUCUUCCACACCUGCCCUUGACGGCAUUUCUGAGGAGCAGUUAUCGGAACAACUAACACGAGAUGGCGGCAUACCAUUGAGAAUAUUCUCCGAAUGGUGGUUGUCAAAAGAAAAGUUCUUGUUAAUUGAUUCAUUCAUCCUCUCCUCAUUUCCUGGAGCCACAUUUCAUGGAUGCAAUGGAUUGAGUGUUAAAUAUCAGUUGCCUUAUGGAGAAGGCUCUUCACUAGCUGACAUAUUCGGCCACUUGGAGCACCACAGAGAAAGGCUCAAAAUAGCAGAGUACAGCAUCAGUCAGUCAACAUUGGAGACAAUUUUUAACCAUUUUGCUGCAGCACAGUAAUUACGUUGGAGUGAGACAUGGAACUUGAUAGUAAUGCGCGACCCCUUCUUGCAUACAUUUUCUAUAUCUUCAUCAAUCCAUAAUUCUUGUGAGGUAUUUGCAAGCAAUUUUCUAAACUAAAAAUGCUACUGGUUUUUAUGUGCUGAAGAUACCGGAGCUUGACACAUUUGCAAAACUAGUGUACAACUACAUAGUUUUCAGGCAUUCACGUAAUCAGUGUAAAGCUAGUGUAAAUCUCCUUACCAAACAACUGUCCAAAAUUUUUCCUGUAUGGAUGUUCAAAUAUGUAAUACAUGUGUACUUAUGAAAAUGUUGUGACUGUAAAGAUUUGUUCUAUAGGAAGCUUCUUGGAAGCUAAAACAGUCUCUUUGCAACCAAAUUAUAUCAUUGUAUUUCUGAGAAUGUAAAUUUAGUCAGUAUUGUAGUCUUAGAAAAUUUCUUCUGUGGAGAAUUCUUCUUGUAAUAAUCCUGAGCCUAAUCUUUGUGAACAGAAGUACAAACCAUUCUUUUAUGUGCACAAAAUCUGAAGUAUAUAUACUUUUAUUUGGUGCAAAGU